GUGUGUCGCAUCAACGGUUGUUGUCUAGUGGCUAUCUCGAACGGACUAUGCCUUGAAGACUCGCUCGUCUAUAAGUUGUAGUAGAAUUGGCUACAACUAGUAAUUUCACCCAAUUCUUCUUAUUUGCACUCAUAAAGUGUCUUAAGUAUUGCUCCAGUAAGGUGCUGACGCGUUCAGUUUGACCAUCUGUCUGUGGGUGGAAGCUUGUGGAAAACAACAAGUCUGAACUCAACAAUCGAAAUACUUCACACCAGAACUUACCUAUGAAACAGGCAUCACAGUCGCUAACAAUGCUUUUCGGCACUCUCUAAUGCUUCACUAUGUUCUUUACGAACAUUUUUUUUGUCUUCUCUAUUGAGGUUUGGAUGAAUGUAGCAUAUUUAGAUAAUCAAUCCACAACCAGCAAGAUAGAAAUGAAUUUAUCAAUUCUUGGGAGCUCACAAUGAAGUCCAUGGAUAGGUUUUUCCAUGGACUUGGAAUAAAAAGAGGUUCCAGUAGAUCAGCAAUCUUUUGAUUCGUUCCCUUGUCUUAUUGACAGAUGAAGCAUGUCUUCACAUAUGUCUCCACAUCAUCCCUCUUUUUUGGCCACUAGUAGUCACAUUCAAGUAGGGCUAGGGUCCGUUCGUGGCCAGAAUGGCCUAUCCACAAAGUAUCAUGGCACUCCUUCAAUAGUUCUAGUUAAAGAUUUUCCCAUCUCGGCACAAAUAUGUGUCCACUUUGGGUGAGAAGAAGUCCAUCUCGCAGCCGAAAUCUCAUAGUCUUGCCUGUCUCAGCCAGAGCUACUAGGUGCUUUGCCGUGGAGUCUUGCUAUAUGUCUUCACGAAUGUGUUCCAAAAGAUCAUCCUUUAAUUGUACUUCAAAAGUCACUGCUCGUGUGGCUGCAAGCACCGCCUUGCUACUCAGCACAUCUGCCAUGACGUUAGUUCUUCCCGCCUUGUACUCCAACACGAAGUCAAACUCGGCCAGAAAUUUUUGCCAACGAGCCUACUUAAGAGAUAGCUUCUUCUGCGUCUGGAAGUAGUUUGUGGCUACAUUGUUAGUCUUUACGACGAAUUGCUCUCCCAACAGAUAAUGUUUCCAUAUGAGAAGGCAGUGCAUGAUUGCAAUUAUUUCUCGUUCGUGCACAAUAUAGCGCUUUUCUGCUUCUCUUAAUUUUCGACUCUCAUGGGCGAUUGGAUGACCAUUUUGCAUCAAUACUCGCCAAUAGCAAAGUCAAAAGCAUCAGUGUGGACCUCAAAAGGAUUUAAGUGGUCGGGCAACUUAAGUACAAACUCUCCCACAAGAGUUCUCUUCAAUCCUUCAAAAACAUCUUAGGUAGACUGCGUCCAAGCUCAGACCGUGUUCUUCUUGAGCAAGUCAGUGAGAGUGCAAUAAUCAAAGAAUACCCCUUGAUGAACUGUGUAUAGUAAUUGGUCAACCCAAGGAAGGACUGCAAUUCAAGCACUAUAGUUGGCGGCUUUCAUUCCUUGAUGGCUCUCACCUUUCUGAAAUUCAUUCGCAGUUGGCCAUGCUCAACAACAUGGUCGAGAAAGCUGAUCUGCUGUUCGCCAAAGAGGCACUUCUUCUUUUUCACAUAAAGAUCAUUCUCCUUCAAUACAUGGAACAUUGUCUGUAGAUGACUGACAUGCUUCUCCAUGCUGCUACUAAAGACCAUGAUAUCAUCAAGAUAGACUACGAUAAACUUGUCAAGAUACGAGUAGAAGAUUUUGUUCAUUAACGUUGAGAAGGUUGCUUGGGCUUUGGCUAACCCAAAUGACAUAACUAAGAAUUCAUAAGCACCAUAACGAGUGACACAAGUGGUCUUUGGUUCAUCUCAUUCUAUUAUUUUGACUUGCCAGUUAGCCCGAUCGAAGAUCCAACUUUGAAAAGAUUUGUGCAUUGCUCAACUGAUUGAAUAAGUCAACAAUGAGCGGCAAUGAGUAUUUGUUCUUGAUCGUUACUUUGUUCAAUGCACAAUAGUCCACACAUAAAUGCUUUGAGCCAUCAUGUUUCAGCUAAAACAACACAGGUACUCCAUAAGGAGCCUUGGAGGGCCUGAUGAUCCCUCCCGCCAGCAUUUCGUCUAGCUGACAUUGCAGUUCUCUUAGCUCUGCAGGACCCAUCCGAUAAGAUGUCAUAGCAGGUGAUUUUGCAUCAUUUCAACGAACUUCUCCAAAACAGGCGCAAACGCCUCUCGGAUCGAACCAAGAGAGUCUUCAAACACUUCCCUGAUCGCCACCAAGUACGGCUAAUCUCUAUGCUUCAAGCCUUUCUUCAACUGAAUAGUGGACAACAUUGGAGAUUUACCUCUAUCCCUUCUCGUUGCUAGUGCUGGAACCAUAUACGGAGACUUCUCAUAAAAAAUACCACUGACUCAUAGAUGCUUCAUCGGGACCAUUUUUGCCAAACUAAGGAACUUUAUGCCUAGAAUCAUAUUGAAAUCAUCCAUCGGUGCCACUAAGAAGUUGGCUUUUCUCAACUAACUCUCAAUCUUCAUUGCCACGUCCUGGGCCACUCCGCGGUAACUCUCCCUUCUUUAGAAUGAGACCCAAUCUCUUUGCCUCUUUUUUCAAGACAAAGUUGUGUGUUCCACAUGUACCCACCAUCGUCGUCGUGGACUUUUCAUUCACCAAGAUGUCUAGAUACAUGAGUCCUAUAGUCAUUGUUGUUGUCACGUUUGUUAUUUCUUUCAAAGCAUUGAGGAGUGGAGUGCUCCUAUGUGUGGAGCUUCAUCUUCCUGACCCUACAUAGCAUAAGCAGAUUGUUUGGAAGAGUUGGCUUGGCUGCUCUCGACAUUCGGACAUUUUAACGCAAGUGAUUCCCGCUACAAUGCGAGCACUUCAAUCCUGGUGGUGGUCAAAAAGGGUUAUAAGUGUUGCCAUCUUGUUUACUUCCACCAUUGUUCUUCUGGACAUUUGCAUUAUUAUUAUCUUUUUCUACUUGUCCACUUCUCUGUUUGUUCUCAUCAUUGUUAUGGUUGCCGUUUUCACCAUUCUUGAAGCUCUAGGGCUUAUAUUCAAACUUUGGCUGCCUUGAUGUAUCAACCAAGCGUUGGACAGCUGCAAGGGCACUGCUCAAGUCUUUAGGAUCUUGCAGCCAGAGUUCCUGCUCUGUGCAUGACUGUAAUCCAGUCAUAAAAUGGUUGUCGAUCCUUAUCAGACAUUCUUGAAAUUUCAAGCAUCUUAGCCGUGAAUGCUUGUACAUAGUCAUAGAUUGAUCCAGUCUGCUUGAGUUCCAUCAGUCGCCAUCUUGCCAGAUACUCUGUGUCUUUGGGUAGGAAACACUCGUGCAUUUCAUGCUUGAAUUCCUCCCAAGUGUCGAUAGUGCAAAUGCCAUUUUCGACAUCACUCUCCUGCCUCCACUACGACAACAUAGCGUCAUCCGUCAAAAACAUUGAGGCAGACUUGAUCUUCAUGUCGUCAUCAUAGAUCUGGUUCACCUUGAGAUACUUUUCGGGAUGAUAAAGGAACUUCUCAAAUUCCUUAGCAUUUCGAACAUUGUUGUACCUCUUCGGUUCACGGACUUUCAUAUGAGGCACAACACCUAUUCCUCUGGCUUCACCCCCUCUGGCAAUCUGAUUCUCCAGGGUCUUGUUUAGGUUCCUGAGGAGCUGCAUCUCAUCCUCCAUCGCAGUUAAACGGGCUAGAAUUUCUCCCAACUGAGAGUUUACCUAGUCUAGAUUAUGAUUUGUCUCAACAUUGUACUCUUCAAAGCUCUGUGCAGCUUUGGUCAUUCAAUGACUCAAGGAGGCAAUGGUUGUCUUGAUCGCAACCAGCCGAGCUUCCAUUCCUCCAUCGGUCUCACUCGUCACAUGUUUAUUAUAUUGACGAGUUUGUACUCCCUCUGCUCCAGAAUUCAAUUCAUCUGCAGCCAUAUUGCUACAGAUAGCAGCCAACCGUCAGAUAGUUCGACACCAACUUAGCUCCCUACGCCCCACUGUGCCAGAUGAUCUAACCUGGCUCUGAUACUAGUUGUCACAGGCUUACUUUCCUUGGCCAGUGCACCCUGGUGACAGCUCCUUCAUCGUAAGUCUAAAGGGGCUUAAGAGUAUGCAGAAGACUUGAGAAUAGCGAGGGUACAUGGAAAUUAAAGAUUGUAAGGAAAUGGAGGGAUGCUCUUGCAAUGGACAUAAAUUGCAUUGAUCACAAGAGCGAUGUAAGCGAAGAGGUUUGAAAAGAAAUCUCAACUUUACUUACAUAGGAUGGUCGAUGCCUCUUACAGAAUUCAAAUGAUGACCAACUCAAACACAAAAUCCCUAACAUGCACUUGAGAAUAGUGGGAAUGUGCUCUAUUACAGGUAAACAAAAGCAUAAACCAAAGACAUUGUAAACAAAAAGAAGAGUAAGCAAAUACAAAUUUAGACACAAAGGAACAACCACAAAACCUAGGUUUUUUAAACAAAAGGGUCUAUUGUUUUAGGGUGUCAUCAGCUUUAAGCUUUAGCAUGUUUUCAAGUUUAGUAGUUAAAUUAUUACAUUGUAGCAAAGAUAACAUAUAAGCAUAACAUCUUAAACCAUAUGAUCAUGUUCAUUUAAACUUAAAUUUUUGAAAAAAAAAAAACUUUCUGGAAAAAUAUAUGUAUAGUAUCGGAUUUAGAUGCCGACUCAUGGUGAAAUGGGAAGUUGCCAAGAUGACCACUAUCAUCAAUGUCAGUAGAGAGAGAAUUUGAUUAAUUUUGACGUACUCUAAUUUCAGAUCCUUUUUCUGAACGAUUUAAAACCACCACAAUUUUCUCCUCUUCCUCUGACCUCCAUAAAUAAUGAACAUCUUAAGUGUGAAUUCUAAUCUAACCUAAGAAUUUUAGUUCGGUCCGUAGGAGUAUUUAACUAUAUUAGAAAAAAAAAAGUGUUGGCGGAAGGAACCUGAUCCGUCCCUACCAGAACCCGAGGUUUUGAGAAGAGAGACAAGGCAUUCCUCUUGUGGUUGUGAUAAAAGCCAAGCCUCCUCCCUACCCUGUCUUCUCGACCAGCUAUGGUGGAACCAUAAAGCUUUGGCAGGGGUUGGGAAGGAAGAGAUGGAGGUGAUAGGAGAGGUCGUUCCUCUGCCUCAAGAGAAGUAUUUUGCUGCUGAUUGUUGGAUCUUCAAAUUGCUGGAAGGGCGAGAGCUUGUGAGGGUGUCUAAUACUUGUUGUUCAACGUCGGACAAGCUUCAUGAGAUGAACGUGGAGAACGCCAUGGAGCCUAAUGAAAUUCGAGUGAAGUCGAUAAAUGGGAUACCGAGAAUUUGUAUUCUGGUGCAGGUUUUAGAGAAACUGAUAGAACCAAUCAAGUGGUCUACCAUAGGUGCUGGUUUCUGGGGGCUUCGGCAGAAGAGCAUCGAGUGUAAUUAAUUACUUCAGAAAUGGUUUGAGGAACUAUCUCAAUUGCAGGCAAUGGUUCUUUUUUGGUAUGUAUUGCUAGCGAAGAAUAAUUGAACGUAGUUCUUCAGAAUUGGGCAUAAAAACUUGGGGGGAAGGGUCGUUAUGGCAAGUAGAUGGAAACCAGGUUGGCCUCGGACUAAAAGUUCCACUAGGGAUUAGACCGCCUGAGCUUCAACAAUUCUUUAGAACAAAUGGGGUGUUUGGAACAGUAGACAAAUGUGCUUCAGGGGGGAUAUAUUGGAGCUUGAUGCUAAUACUCAAAUUUUAACUAGGUCGGUUGUGCAAGGAUUUGAAAGAGAUGUUCCCUUCCAUUUUAUGUAUAAACUUGAGAUUGAGCUGAAAACGGGGGUAGCAGAAUUAUAUCGAUAGCAAAUUAAGUAUGAGGGCACUAUCAAAUGUUGCUCUCGUUGUAUAGCCUGAGAUUCAGAUGCAGAUGGGUUGAUCGAUUCUUUGAAGAGAGCUGGAAAGAAGUCAAGGUCGAUCGUCCUUUGACAAGAGAUAAAGGGAAUACAUUAGAAGGGACUCUUAAUUGAAGGCUUUUUGACAACAAUAAUGCUCUCUCAGGCAGUGUUUGAAUUGUGCAGACAACAAUGCAGAGGGCAGACAUCUAUCUGCCCCAUAGUUUUCUUCUGCAACAUCACUCACAAAAAAAACCUGGUUGCCACCUGCUCAUAAAAGUUGACCAGGGGCAGUGGGCCAAGAUUACAAUUGCGAUGCCUUAAGAGCAGCAGAGAAGAGAGUGCCUUCACGUCGUUCCUCAUUCCGCACCUUCCCUUCCACAGCAGCAGCGUUCCGCCAUCUCAACAGCAUUCGUGAAAAUGAUCUUUCUGUCUCUAUCAAGGAGGUGCUCUCUCAGCAGCGUUCUUGAAAAGCUUUUUCCCCCAUUCGCAGACAAGGAACGUAGCACCAGCACUCCACCACCUCUCUCGCUCUCUCUCGAGGAAUUCUCAGAGCUAAAGAGGACUCUGAUUGUUGAGGUUGAGCGGUUGAAAUUGGUGGCUAUAUCAAGGGCUUUGAAUGGAAUAGGGCUUGCCAUUGUUACCCCCGCCAUUCAAUCUCUAGUUGCAGAUUUAACAGAUGAAAGUAAUCGUGGUACAGCUUUUGGGUGGUUGCAGUUGACUGGCAACCUUGGUUCUAUUUUGGGUGGCUUCCUCUCUGUAUUGAUAGCUUCAACAACAAUAAUGGGCAUCCCUGGUUGGAGAGUUUCCUUCCAUCUUGUUGCGCUAGUGAGUGUUAUUGUCGGUUUAUUGGUUCGGUUGUUUGCCAGUGAUCCCCGCUAUUCAAGUGUUAGUAGUAGUGGCAAUGCCACACCCAGACAUUCAUCUACAUGGCUGGAAGUGAAGGCACUUAUUCAGGAAGCGAAGAGAGUGAUAAGAAUUCCAUCCUUCCAAAUAAUUGUAGCUCAAGGUGUAACAGGUUCUUUCCCUUGGUCAGCAUUAUCAUUUGCACCCAUGUGGUUAGAGCUCAUGGGGUUUUCUCACCAGGAUACAGCACUUCUCAUGGGCAUAUUCGUUAUUGCUAGCUCCCUGGGCGGGCUUUUUGGGGGCAGCAUGGGUGAUCUUCUUGCCAAAAGAUUACCAAAUUCUGGCAGGAUAAUACUUUCCCAAAUUAGCUCUGGUUCAGCCAUUCCGCUUGCUGCAAUUUUGUUGCUUGUUCUGCCUGAUGAUCCCUCCUCGGGUUUCAUGCAUGGUUUAGUCUUGUUCGUCAUGGGCCUUUGCAUUUCUUGGAAUGCUCCUGCAACUAACAACCCAAUAUUUGCAGAGAUUGUCCCAGAAAAAUCAAGGACAAGCAUCUAUGCAUUGGACCGUUCAUUUGAGUCCAUUCUUUCAUCAUUUGCGCCCCCUGUUGUUGGAAUUUUGGCUGAACGUGUUUAUGGGUACAGACCAGUUCCUGAAGGAUCAAAUAGCAAGGCUGCAGUGGAGACUGACCGUGAAAAUGCUGCCUCUCUAGCAAAGGCAUUGUACGCAGCCAUUGGAGCGCCAAUGACACUUUGCUGUCUAAUCUACAGUUUCCUCUACUGCACCUAUCCAAGAGAUCGUGACCGAUCGCAAAUGGAGUCAUUCAUAGAGUCUGAACUGCAGCAGCUUGAGUUGGAUAAUUCUCAGGGUGGAGAGCUUUCUGAGAUUUGCAUAACGGAGUAUGAUGAGACUACCAGAAAGGAAAGCAAGGCAUCCAGGUUUGUAUAUGAUGAAGUGGAAAAUUUUGAGGAUGAUAAUGAUGAGAAGGGUUUACUUGCUGCAGUGAGAACUGUAUGAUCCUCCACAUGCUUUCACUGAAGAUUUCUAUCUCAUCAAGGAAAUGGUAAAUUUAUGCUUAGUGGAAAUUCUUUCGCAUGUUCUUGCCAGAGUCCCACUGCUGAGCAUGAAUGGAUUCUCUCAUGCACCCAACCAAGUUUGAUUAGCCUUGAUAUAAAUCCAUGUGGGGGAAGUAGUUACUUGAAUUUGAUUUUAGAAGUUGAAGAGUUUUGAGAACGCAUCAUUGGUGUUACUACAUAUGAAUUCAUCAAAAUGAGACUAAGUGAACAAUGUGCUAUUUAAGGUAUGCCUGCUAGCCUUGGGUUCGCUGCUGCAUAAUAUCUUCCUUCCCAAAACCUUAACUGGCACGAUCCUUUCCAAAGCCAUCUGUAGUCGCUGAACAAUGAAUGCUGAUACGGAUGCGUCGGGGCUACUGUGUUGUAUUGUACAUUUAUCAUGUAAUAAACGGUAAUAUUGUCCUGAAAUGAAAAGUUCAAGCUUGUAUUUGAUCGGAGGUAGCUUCAGUCUUCUGUAGAUAAAACUGAAAAACAAUUUUUGCAUCCCAUUCGUAGCUUUUGUCAGGCUUUAUCAACUCAUAUGUAAAUUUAUGUGACUGGGAAUAUAAACUUGUAGCAUAUGAUAACUACUUUUUGAAGCCAUUAAUGAUCUGUUUUCUGCU